AUGGUGUCAACAAGAGCACAGCAAACCAAGGGCCGCACGACUCGAGCACAAGGGUCCAGCAAAGUCAACAUUACCACCCAGGUCACACAAGUCUCCACCACCGUGUCCGCUAGUGCCAGCACAGAUGUCGCUAUGCCAGAUGUCAGCAUUGCCACCGCUUCCACCGCUUCUUCUGACCAGACAUCGAAUAGCGCUCGUCGUCUUAUUGUCACUUUCAAGCUUGGUCCUCGUCUUCGGCAAUUCGGGGUUACCGGCACGAAUGUUGUUGUGGCUUCCAAGGUCGAUAUCAAGGAGAAGCCCAAGCGAAAUAAAUCAGUCCGUCAACAAGCUGCUGCCAUUGCCAGGGGGAUCAAACGCGAGUCCACUGAUCAAGAUCUUGACACUUCGCCACCCAAGAAAAGCAAGCAGGCUCAUGGGGAGGACGAGGACGAGUUUGAACCAGACCAUGCAAUGACACAAGCUCUAGGCAUUCCUACCGCCGGUCGCGCACUUCGUGGUCGAGGAGGAGACGGCACAGUCACGGGGCGGAUCAAGGCUACUCGAAAGGCAAAGGAAGACCUCCGUGGCCCCUUUAUCACUCUUCAGUCCAAAGGUCUAGGCAUGUUCUUGAAGAAACUGAGAAAGCGCCGUCCCGCAACGCCUUACACGAACACCCAACGAUUCCAGUUCGGCCACGACCACCUGUGGUAUUGGACAUCGCCGAGCCCGUAUAACAUCCGCAAGGUCUACGAGAUACUGGACGAGGAAAAGCCUGCCAUCAAUGAGGCUGCCGCACUGGAAGGAACAGCAACCAACCCAUUCCAUGCAAGCGUCGGCAUCUCUGUCGACUCCAUCGUCCGCGUCAUCUUGUCUCAGGCCUGCACAAACGAAGCGGCACUGGAUGCACAGCAGGCAAUGCUCCUUGCAUAUCCUUAUCGCGUCGGACACACAUGGGUCACAGGACAGAAGCCGAACUAUCACGCAAUGCGCGUCCAGAGUCUGACAAAGCUGGAAAAGGUGCUGAAAAAGGCCGGUCUUGCCAACAAGAAGCCAAAAGCGAUCAAAGACAUCCUUGACAUCGUCUAUCAAAGAAAUGUCGCGCUUCUUGACCCACUUGAGGUUGGUGAAGUCCUUUACGAUGGCAACGAGAGAGGUGCCUCUGACUUCGUACCUGGCCUGCUGUCUGUCGACUAUUUCUGGGACAUCUACCGACAAGAGGGCAAGCAAGCUCUCCUUGAUCACCUUGUGUCUCUCCCGUUGAUCGGUGUCAAGUCUGCAUCCUGCUUGAUGUGCUUCAACAUGUCGUUGCCUGUCUUUGCCGUGGACACUCACGUCGCCGGAAUGGCAAAGCUGCUCGACAAGAUCAAGCUUUCCCUCCACCAGGCUUUCUGGAACCAUCGUCGGAAGUGUGCACGCUGCAGUGCACGAAACAACCCAUCCAGCUGGGUCUACAACAAUACCACCUGUCCACUGGAGCUCCUUGUCAAACGUCCGCAGCCAAAAUCCGACGAAAACAAGCCGGCCAAGCUUCAGACCAGCCCACCGAGGCAGGUUACCAAGAAAGAGCCUAGCGACGAGGAGCGGGUCGCGCAGGGACUUGUCAAAGUCACGUACGAGAUUGACGACGACUUUGAUGCCGCAGGCGGUACGGGGGUGAAGAGAACGAUCUGGAUCCGCGAUUUCAGUGCGGAAGAGUACGAUCCUGUGGACGAAAAGGAGUUUAUUUAUGAGGAAAUUUCGAUUGAUUUCAGACAAAAGGCAGCAUAG